CCCCCCUGCUUCUUCUAGCUAGAUCCUACUAUCUAGAGCUUUCGUCUAGAGUAUGCCGCUGCCAAGUUUAAAUGAGCCUAUUCAGAUCGAUACUAGCGACGAAGACUCCGUCUAUGACUCUGAAUCCAUAGCUGACUCCAAUCUCACUUUCGCUUCCUCGGUACGGGACUACUACUAUGAAAAUGGUCGUCGCUACCACGCCUACCGGUACGGCCAAUAUCCCAUGCCCAACGAUGAGGAAGAACAAGACCGCCUAACCCUCACACACCACCUCUUCAAGCUCCUCAUAGGAGGUGAUCUCUUUCGGGCUCCGGUAGCCCAACAAAAUCCGCCCAAGCGUAUCCUCGAUAUUGGCACCGGAACCGGUAUCUGGGCCCUUGAGGUCGCCGAGGACUUCCCCGACGCCGAGAUUAUCGGCACCGAUCUGAGCCCGAUUCAACCAAGCUGGGCGCCGCCCAAUUGCUCCUUUAUUAUCGAUGAUACAGAGAGUGAUUGGACGUUUACCAACAACGAAGCGUUCGAUUACAUCCAUUCCAGGUGCAUGGCCGGUGGGAUUGCUGACUGGGAGCGUUAUGUGCGCCAGGCUUAUGAUCAUCUCAACCCUGGUGGUUGGGUUGAAUUUCAAGAGCAUGAAGCGUGGAUAAACUCCGACGACGGCACGCAUGAACACGCACAUAUGCUCCGGGAUUUGCAGGAAAAGCUAGAUGAGGCAAGUUCCAAAUUUGGAAAGAAGAUGAACAUUGCUUCAUCGCUGUCUGGGUGGCUAGAGGGGGCUGGAUUUACCAACGUUACGGCUGAUGUUUAUAAGUGUCCAAUGGGCACAUGGCCAAAAAGCCCACGACUAAAAGAGAUCGGACGCGUGGGUAAAAUGACACUAUUCGAGGCGAUUGAACCAUACUCCCUGGCUCUUUUUACCCGAGUCCUCGGGUGGACUUACGAAGAAGCGCAAGAAUACGUCGCCAAAGUGCACCAUGAAGUGCUCCAUGGCUCCUUUCACGUUUAUGUGCUGUUCCAUUAUACCUAUGGACAACGACCCUUGAACGACUAAUGAUAGUACGAAUGCAUGAUUCUGAUGACGGUUUAUAAAUACCUCAUCUAAUGUUUUUUUUUUUUUUUGAUUCUUUGCCCCUCGCUAGAUUUUAUCCUUGGGUUAAAUUUGGGAUCUUUGGGCGGGUUCUUGAUGAUGGUUACCUGUAUAUGCACACUAUACUACUAUCAAGCUAUGUAUACCAGUACAGGAUAUGAUUACC